AUGGACCCAGACGAUCAUGAUACAGAUGACAGGGAUACGAGCAGUGAGGAAGAUCCAGAAAGAGAUGAAUUGUCUGAGUCUGACUCCGGUGAUGAACCGAAACGAGAUGGAACUGCAGAAGAAGCGGACGCUCCUUUGACCGUCCAGCCGUUGACUACACCCGCGACAUUCUUGAUCUUCCUUUGCUUCCAGCGAAUGAAGAUCAACCCUCGCCAAUUGAUUUAUACCAACUUUAAAUACCGAUAUUUACUGGCCACGGCUCGGAAGAUCCCAAGGUUUCCGUCAUCAUUGGUGAAAAAAUGUCUCGGGUCCUUUCGAAAGGCCUGGGAAUGA